GGUUUUUUUGUUUCUCCACAGUGAUGGCUGGGCUGACAGGUAUGAUGUGACAGAUGGAUAUCAGCGAGAAGCUGUUGGAGGAAUCACAAUCAAGCUCCAAUCUCCUGAUGUCAAGUGGUUUGAUGAUUAUUAUCUGAAGCUCCGGCCAGAAACAAACCACCGAAACCCUUGGUUUCAAGAAUUUUGGCAGCAUCGUUUUCAGUGCCGGCUGGAAGGGUUUGCACAGGAGAACAGCAAAUACAACAAGACUUGCAAUAGUUCUCUGACUCUGAGAACACAUCAUGUUCAAGACUCCAAAAUGGGGUUUGUGAUCAACGCAAUCUAUUCCAUGGCCUAUGGGCUCCAUAACAUGCAGAUGUCCCUCUGUCCAGGCUACGCAGGACUCUGUGACGCAAUGAAGCCAAUUGAUGGGCGGAAACUUUUGGACUCCCUGAUGAAAACUAACUUCACUGGGGUUUCUGGAGAUAUGAUCUUGUUUGAUGAGAAUGGAGACUCUCCAGGAAGGUAUGAAAUAAUGAAUUUCAAGGAAAUGGGAAAAGAUUAUUUUGAUUACAUCAAUGUUGGAAGCUGGGACAAUGGAGAACUAAAAAUGGAUGAUGAUGAAGUAUGGUCCAAGAAAAGCAAUGUCAUCAGAUCCGUGUGCAGUGAGCCAUGUGAGAAAGGCCAGAUAAAGGUGAUCCGGAAGGGAGAAGUCAGCUGUUGUUGGACCUGUACACCUUGUAAAGAGAAUGAGUAUGUCUUUGAUGAAUACACCUGCAAGGCAUGCCAGCUGGGGUCCUGGCCCACUGAUGACCUUACAGGUUGUGAUUUGAUCCCAGUACAGUAUCUUCGCUGGGGGGACCCUGAGCCCAUUGCAGCGGUGGUGUUUGCCUGCCUCGGCCUGCUGGCCACCCUGUUUGUUACCACAGUCUUCAUCAUUUACCGUGAUACACCAGUAGUCAAGUCCUCCAGCAGGGAGCUCUGCUACAUUAUCCUUGCUGGCAUCUGCCUGGGCUACUUAUGUACCUUCUGCCUCAUUGCAAAGCCCAAACAGAUUUACUGCUACCUUCAGAGAAUUGGCAUAGGUCUCUCCCCAGCCAUGAGCUAUUCAGCCCUUGUAACCAAGACUAACCGUAUUGCAAGGAUCCUGGCUGGCAGCAAGAAGAAGAUCUGUACCAAAAAGCCCAGAUUCAUGAGUGCCUGUGCCCAGCUAGUGAUUGCUUUCAUUCUCAUAUGCAUACAGUUGGGCAUCAUAGUUGCUCUCUUCAUAAUGGAGCCUCCUGAUAUAAUGCAUGACUACCCAAGCAUUCGAGAAGUCUACCUGAUUUGUAACACCACCAACCUAGGAGUUGUCACUCCUCUGGGAUACAAUGGAUUGUUGAUUUUGAGCUGUACCUUCUACGCAUUCAAGACCAGAAAUGUUCCAGCUAACUUCAACGAAGCCAAGUAUAUCGCCUUCACAAUGUACACCACCUGCAUUAUAUGGCUGGCCUUUGUGCCAAUCUACUUUGGCAGCAACUACAAAAUCAUCACCAUGUGUUUCUCCGUCAGCCUCAGUGCCACAGUGGCCCUGGGCUGCAUGUUUGUGCCGAAGGUGUACAUCAUCCUGGCCAAGCCAGAGAGAAACGUGCGCAGCGCCUUCACCACGUCCACUGUGGUGCGCAUGCAUGUAGGGGAUGGCAAGUCAUCCUCCGCAGCCAGCAGAUCCAGCAGCCUAGUCAACCUGUGGAAGAGGAGGGGCUCCUCUGGGGAAACUCUAAGGUACAAAGACAGGAGACUGGCCCAGCAUAAGUCGGAAAUAGAGUGUUUCACCCCCAAAGGGAGUAUGGGGAAUGGUGGGAGAGCAACAAUGAGCAGGGUGACCCGCUUCACGGCCAACAUCAGCGAGCUCAACUCCAUGAUGCUGUCCACCGCGGCUCCCGGCCCCGCCGUGGGCGCCCCGCUCUGCUCGUCCUACCUGAUCCCCAAAGAGAUCCAGCUGCCCACGACCAUGACGACGUUCGCCGAAAUCCAGCCUAUGCCCGCCAUCGAGGUCACGGGCGGCGCGCAGCCCGCGACGGGGGCCCCGCCGGCUGGGGGCGCUGUCCUGGAGACCCCGGCGGCCGGGCCCGAGGCUGCGACCUGCAAGCCGGACCUGGAGGAGUUGGUGGCCCUCACCCCGCCAUCCCCUUUCAGAGACUCGGUGGACUCGGGGGGGAGUACAACCCCCAACUCGCCAGUGUCAGAGUCGGCCCUCUGUAUCCCAUCGUCUCCCAAAUAUGACACUCUUAUCAUAAGAGAUUACACGCAGAGCUCCUCGUCGUUGUGAAUGUCCCUGCAAACCACGCUGGGUUCCGCGUGCAGAGCUGAGACACAGUGACAAGCAUAGUCACCUGGUUAAGACCCGAGGUGGAAGAUGCCAAGUACACUUGUAAUGGAAACAUGAGAUUAAUAGUGCUAUUUAACAACACGGACGAAGACACCAACUACAAAUCUUCUGGCAGAUCUUCUUCCAGUUGCCUUAGAAAACAUGGGCUUUUAAGAAACACUGCUUAUAUUUUUGAGGGCUGACAAGGAGGCUGUUAAAACAGUUACAUACCAAGUGCUUUGCUCUAGGGAAGCAGUGAGUGUGAAACAGCAUAAUGGAGGGUGAAAAGCAUAGUUAAUAAGCAACUGUAAAAAGUUUUGUUUACUUUAAUUCUUUUCCCAGAAGAGUCUUUGAUUCACCAAACAUGAAUGUACAUUUUCUAACAAACUCGAAAUCUGGGACCAAAAUAUCAACCUUUCUUUUUUCUUUUUUUAUUUUCUUUUUCUUUCCUUUAAAGACCUUGAAAAGCAGUAACUUUGGCCCAGUAUGUGCUGAGGCAUUGUUGUGAGUGUGUCCCAUGCGUAACUGGACAG